CAGACAGACUACGGGCACGCGGAGCCCUAGGGCUUGGCUUUAAGGACGCUUUCGGGCGCGCGGGCCCUUUAAGACGGGGCCGGGGGCGUGUCAGGAAGUGAGCCAUGGCCCCGCCCCGCCCGGGAGGCUUUCUCCGGCGUUCGGAGGCUGCGGGCAGAGCCCGGCUGCUGGCCUCGCCUCCCGCCCCUGCCGCGCCCCCGACCCCGCCCCAGCCCCUCUGACCGCCCUGCGACCCCUCUUCUCCCCACGCGCCCCCCACCCUGUGCUGUCCCUUUUCUCGCCCCUCCCCGUCCACUCCCCUCCUUUCUCCCUGCCCCUCCUCCCUACUAGGCCCCAGCCCCUAGUCCCCUCCGGGUCACCUCCGCCCCGGCCCCACCCGGAGCCCGCCUCCUCCUCCUGCGCUGCUCUCUUGCGCGCCUUCCUUUUGGGACCAAGCUGGCUGUGGAGCAGCCCUCCUGGGCUCAUCCAAAGCAGAACUUCAUCCCAGAGGAAGAAGGGCACUUAAGCCAACCCUGUUGACCCCUGAGGGCUGCACCUGCCCUGUGUCCCAGGGAGUGUUCUGGUCGUGGUGUGACCCAGCUCCUCUGCUGCCAUGAACAGGGCACCCCUCAAGCGGUCCAGGAUCCUGCACAUGGCGCUGACGGGAGCCUCUGACCCCUCUGGAGAGGCUGAAGCAGACAGCGGGGAGAAGCCCUUCCUGCUGCGGGCCCUGCAGAUCGCGCUGGUGGUCUCUCUAUACUGGGUCACUUCCAUCUCUAUGGUGUUCCUCAACAAGUACCUGCUGGACAGCCCCUCCCUGCAGCUGGACGCCCCCAUCUUUGUCACCUUCUAUCAGUGCGUGGUGACUGUGGUGCUAUGCAAGGGCCUCAGCGCUCUGGCCACCUGCUGCCCAGGCACCGUAGACUUCCCUGCCCUGCGCCUGGACCUCAGGGUGGCCCGCAGCGUCCUGCCUCUGUCCGUGGUCUUUAUUGGCAUGAUCACCUUCAAUAACCUCUGCCUCAAGUAUGUCGGUGUGGCCUUCUACAACGUGGGCCGCUCGCUCACCACCGUCUUCAACGUGCUGCUGUCCUACCUGCUGCUCAAGCAGACCACCUCCCUCUACGCCCUACUCACCUGUGGCAUCAUAAUCGGUGCUCAGCACAGGUUCUGGACCUGUCUAUCACUGGAAGGCACGCAGGGCAGCUCAGGUGCUGGGUGCUUCCCUCCAUCCUCCUGGCCCUGGCCCGAGGAAGGUGGCUUCUGGCUGGGUGUGGACCAGGAAGGGGCUGAGGGUACUCUGUCUCUGCUGGGCACUGUCUUCGGGGUACUGGCUAGCCUCUGUGUGUCGCUCAAUGCCAUCUAUACCAAGAAGGUGCUCCCGGCCGUGGACAACAGCAUCUGGCGCCUGACCUUCUACAACAACAUCAACGCCUGCGUCCUCUUUCUGCCGCUGCUCCUGCUGCUCGGGGAGCUCCGGACGCUCUGGAGCUUUGCCCACCUUGGCAGUGCCCACUUCUGGGGGAUGAUGACACUGGGCGGCCUGUUUGGCUUCGCCAUCGGCUAUGUGACAGGACUGCAGAUCAAAUUCACCAGCCCGCUGACCCACAACGUGUCGGGCACAGCCAAGGCCUGCUUCCAGACGGUGCUGGCCGUCCUAUACUACGAGGAGACCAAGAGCUUCCUCUGGUGGACCAGCAACCUGAUGGUGCUGGGCGGCUCCUCCGCGUACACCUGGGUCCGGGGCUGGGAGAUGAAGAAGGUUCAGGAGGACCCCAGCCCCAGAGAGGACGAGAAGAGCACCGUGGGGGUGUGAGUGCCUGUGGGAGCCCAGGGAGAAGUCCCAGGUGGCGCUGCAGCGGCACAGAAGGCUGUCCCUGUGGCCAGAGGGUGGCAUGGGUCAGAGUGGGCAUUGUUUACAGACCUGAUGGAAACGCUGUGGCAGGAGGGGGAGCCGAUGUUUGAAAGCAAUGUCAGGAAGUUGCCAAACCUGUCUCUGUCCCAGACCUGUUUCUGGAACACCCCACCGUGCAGAGCACCCCCUCCCGCCCCUCCCAAGGCCUGUCUACCUCCACUUCACCUCCGAGUUUGGACCAGGCAGCAUUGGUGAAGUGAAGCCUUCGCUUAUUCUCAGGGGACAUGGGGUGUGACCCCAUCACAGCCAACCGAAGGGGACUGAGACACCCCUGGCCCUGGGCAGACAGCAUGGCUUUGACCCCAGCCUGCUGCACUGGGGGGAAAAUUCGGGCUGACUGAGGAGACACACCAGUGUCCCCUCUCCUCUGCCCUGACAAGUGGAUUAGAAUCACUUGUACCCAUGACUGACCGUCGCACCCACUGGGAAGGAAGUAGAUCAAAGUACCCUUCCUCUGCACCCUAUGUUUGUGGUUUUAAAACGGGGGAGCUACAUCUUUUACAGGCUAAGUAGAGUCCUGAACCCCUUCCCCAACCCAGUGACCUUGCCACAGCCCCUUGGGUCUCUAGGACCUGACGCAGCCACCUGGCUCAGGUGCCACCCUCUGGAAGCAGAGCUUGGGAGCUGGUUCUCCCCACUCUGCCUCCCCCAGAGCCUCUGUCUCAGGUGCUCAGCCCCUCACUUCUGGUUCUGAGCCUCUUCCAUGAUGAAGUAAUAAACACAUUUCCCUUCCUCAGUGAGAUUGGGGCUGAAAGAAACUACUUGUCCCAAGCCUUAGUCCCCUAGGCUCCUGUAGCGAAAUACCAGACACGGGUGUGACGAGGCAGAAGCUGGGUUCUCACAUCCCUGAAGGCUGCAAAUCCAAAAUCAAGGCCCAGGGCACUGGGCAGAGUCUUCUCUGAGUCCUCAGUGGUAGAAGCACAGACACCUCCCUCAGGUCUCUUCCAAAUCAGCACAAACUCCAUGAGGCUUCCCCUCUGUCACCCAGGCACCUCCAAAGGCCCCACUUUCUCGAGGGCGAGGACUCCAAAGUGGGGCGACACAAACAUUCAGGCCACAGCACUCCUCUGUCAGCCUCUGUGCCUCAGGGCGGCUUUCACUCCACUGUCCCUUCUGUCAGACGCUUUGUGCCUCCCAUCUGGGAUGGUUUCUGAUGUUUUUAGUCCUUGUAGUAAAAACUGGGGAGAGUGGAUCUUCUGCUCCCCACAAUCCCAGGCGAUUUCAGUGAAGUCACUGGGGCCUGAUGCCCCAUGCUGUGUGUGAUUUAAUAAAAAGCCAGAGGAAAUAAAAAGAGGAAGACA